AUGGAAAAUUCACAUCAGCUCAGUAAAAAUGAUACACUUUCACCCGAAUUGCAUUCUAUCGUUGAUGAUUUACAGUCUACCGUUGAUGAUUUAAAUUCUGUCGUUGAUGGUUUACAGUCUAUUGUUGGUGAUUCAAAUUAUGUCGUUGAUGGUUUACAGUUAAUAUUUGAUGAUUUACAGUCUAUCGUUGAUGGUUUACAGUCUAUCUUUAUUGUGGAUGACUUACAGUCUGUCGUUUAUGAUUUACAGUCUAUCGUUGAUGAUUUGCAGUCGAACAUUGAUGAUUCACAGUCUAUCGUGGAUGUUUUACAGUCUGUCGUUGAUGAUUUACAGUUUAUCGUUUUUAAUUUACAGUCUAUCGUUGAUGAUCUCAAGUCUAUCGGUGCUGAUUACCAGUCUAUCGUUGAUGAUUUACAGUCUAUCGUUGAUGAUUUACAGUCUACCAUUGAUGAUUUAAAUUCUGUCGUUGAUGGUUUACAGUCUAUUGUUGAUGAUUUAUACGUUGAUGAUUUACAGUCUAUCGUUGAUGAUUUACAGUCUACCGUUGAUGAUUUAAAUUCUGUCGUUGAUGGUUUACAGUCUAUCUCUAUCGUUGAUGAUUUGCAGUCGAACAUUGAUGAUUCACAGUCUAUCGUGGAUGUUUUACAGUCUGUCGUUGUUGAUUUACAGUCUAUCGUUUUUAAUUUACAGUCUAGCAUUGAUGAUUUCAAUUAUAUCGUUGAUGAUCUAAAGUCUAUCGGUGCUGAUUACCAGUCUAUCGUUGAUGAUUUACAGUCUAUCGUUGAUGAUUUACAGUCUACCGUUGAUGAUUUAAAUUCUGUCGUUGAUGGUUUACAGUCUAAUGUUGAUGAUUUACAGUAUAUCGUUGAUGAUUUACAGUCAAACGUUUAUGAUUUAAAUUCUGUCGAUGAUGGUUUACAGUCUAUCGUUGAUGGUUUACAGUUUAUCGUUGAUAAUCUACAGUCAAUCUCUAUCGUUGAUGAUUUGCAGUCGAACAUUGAUGAUUCACAGUCUAUCGUGGAUGUUUUACAGUCUGUCGUUGAUGAUUUACAGUUUAUCGUUUUUAAUUUACAGUCUAUCGUUGAUGAUCUCAAGUCUAUCGGUGCUGAUUACCAGUCUAUCGUUGAUGAUUUACACUCUAUCGUUGAUGAUUUACAGUCUACCAUUGAUGAUUUAAAUUCUGUCGUUGAUGGUUUACAGUCUAUUGUUGAUGAUUUAAAGUAUAUCGUUGAUGAGUUACAGUCUAUCGGUGAUGAUUACCAGUCUAUCUAUAUCGUUGAUGAGUUACAGUCUAUCGGUGGUGAUUACCAGUCUAUCGUUGAUGAUUUACAGUCUAUCGUUGAUGAUUUACAGUCUAUCGUUGAUGGUUUACAGUCUAUCAUUAAUGAUUUACAGUCUAUCUCUAUCGUUGAUGAUUUGCAGUCGAACAUUGAUGAUUCACAGUCUAUCGUGGAUGUUUUACAGUCUGUCGUUGAUGAUUUACAGUCUAUCGUUUUUAAUUUACAGUCUAGCAUUGAUGAUUUCAAUUAUAUCGUUGAUGAUCUCAAGUCUAUCGGUGCUGAUUACCAGUCUAUCGUUGAUGAUUUACAGUCUAUCGUUGAUGAUUUACAGUCUACCGUUGAUGAUUUAAAUUCUGUCGUUGAUGGUUUACAGUCUAUUGUUGAUGAUUUACAGUAUAUCGUUGAUGAGUUACAGUCUAUCGGUGAUGAUUACCAGUCUACCGUUGAUGAUUUACAGUCAAACGUUUAUGUUUUAAAUUCUCUCGAUGAUGGAUUACAGUCUAUCGUUGAUGGUUUACAGUCUAACGUUGAUAAUCUACAGUCAAUCUCUACCGUUGAUGAUUUAAAUUCUGUCGUUGAUGGUUUACAGUCUAUUGUUGAUGAUUUACAGUAUAUCGUUGAUGAGUUACAGUCUAUCGGUGAUGAUUACCAGUCUAUCGUUGAUGAUUUACAGUCUAUCGUUGAUGAUUUACAGUCAAACGUUUAUGAUUUAAAUUCUGUCGUUGAUGGUUUACAGUCUAUCGUUGAUGGUUUACAGUCUAUCGUUGAUGAUUUACAGUAUAUCGUUGAUGAGUUACAGUCUAGCGGUGAUGAUUAUCAGUCUAUCGUUGAUGAUUUACAGUCUAUCACUAUUGUGGAUGACUUACAGUCUGUCGUUUAUGAUUUACAGUCUAUCGUUGAUGAUUUACAGUCGAUCAUUGAUGAUUCACAGUCUAUCGUGGAUGAUUUACAGUCUGUCGUUGAUGAUUUACAGUCUGUCGUUUUUAAUUUACAGUCUAGCGUUGAUGAUUUCAAUUCUAUCGUUGAUGAUCUCAAGUCUAUCGGUGCUGAUUACCAGUCUAUCGUUGAUGAUUUACAGUCUAUCGUUGAUGAUUUACAGUCUACCGUUGAUGAUUUAAAUUCUGUCGUUGAUGGUUUACAGUCUAUUGUUGAUGAUUUACAGUAUAUCGUUGAUGAGUUACAGUCUAUCGGUGAUGAUUACCAGUCUAUCGUUGAUGAUUUACAGUCUAUCGUUGAUGAUUUACAGUCUACCGUUUAUGAUUUAAAUUCUGUCGUUGAUGGUUUACAGUCUAUCACUAUUGUGGAUGACUUACAGUCUGUCGUUUAUGAUUUACAGUCUAUCGUUGAUGAUUUACAGUCAAUCAUUGAUGAUUCACAGUCUAUCGUGGAUGAUUUACAGUCUGUCGUUGAUGAUUUACAGUCUGUCGUUUUUAAUUUACAGUCUAGCGUUGAUGAUUUCAAUUCUAUCGUUGAUGAUCUCAAGUCUAUCGGUGCUGAUUACCAGUCUAUCGUUGAUGAUUUACAGUCUAUCGUUGAUGAUUUACAGUCUACCGUUGAUGAUUUAAAUUCUGUCGUUGAUGGUUUACAGUCUAUUGUUGAUGAUUUACAGUAUAUCGUUGAUGAGUUACAGUCUAUCGGUGAUGAUUACCAGUCUAUCGUUGAUGAUUUACAGUCUAUCGUUGAUGAUUUACAGUCUACCGUUUAUGAUUUAAAUUCUGUCGUUGAUGGUUUACAGUCUAUCUCUAUCGUUGAUGAUUUACAGUCUAUCGCUGAUGAUAUACAGUCUAUCGUUGAUGAUUUACAGUCUAUCGCUGAUGAUAUACAGUCUAUCGUUGAUGAUAUACAGUCUAUCUAUAUCGUUGAUGAUUUACAGUAUAUCGUUGAUGGUUUACAGUCUAUCGUUGAAAAUUUACAGUCUACCGUUUAUGAUUUAAAUUCUGUCGUUGAUGGUUUACAGUCUAUCGUUGAUGAUUUACAGUCUAGCGUUCAAACAUAG